AUGUCGCUUUUUAAAUGUUGUACAAUUCAUUCUAAAAGAGCUGGUAAAAACCUAUAUAAUGAAGAAGAUACCAAUAAUGAUGUUGAUACAGAGCGAGAAAACGAACAAGUAGAAAAAUAUGAAGGUCAUGAUGGCGAGGAUGAAAAUGAUGGAACAAAACUGAUUUAUUUUGCUUGUGAAACAUCAAACCAACAUAUUAUUGACAUACUUCGGAAAAUAAGAAGUACUCUUGAAAUAUUUACCAUGGAAAAAGAAUGCAUCGAUCAUAUGGCAUUAAUAAAUGAUAAAAUUUUUCUUGUCAUUGAUGGUUUACCAUCGACAAGUUUUUUUACAACUAUUGAAUCAUUAAAACAAAUUGAUUCAGUAUUUUUUUAUUCUACAAUACCUGAUUUAAUUGAUGAUAUUAGCAAACAAGAACAUAGUUAUCUUGUUUAUUUAUGUGAAACUGAAGAAAUACUUAUAGAUAAUAUAAGAAAAUCUCGUGAAGCACUUGAUAAACAUAUAAGUACAUUGAGUAUGUAUAAUAAUAAAGAUAAAGCAACACGAAAUCUUUCGAAAGAAGCUGGUUCAUUGUUAUUUUUUAAAUUAGUGAAAAAUCUAUUAAAAAAUAUGCCUAAAACAAAUGAAGCCAAAAAUACUAUGAUUACAACAUGUCGAAAUUAUUAUCGUGGAAAUUUAAUUGAAUUAGCAAAUAUUGAUGAAUUUGAUCGAAUGUAUAAAUCAAUUGAUGCUAUACCAUGGUAUAUAAAAGAUACAUUUCUUAAUAAAUUGAUUAAUAAAGCACUUCGUACAGAAGAUAUUAGUGUUUUAUAUCAAUUUCGUUUUUAUAUUAUGGAUUUAAGUGAACAACUUGAAAUGAAAUUUUUCGAACUUAAAAAAAAACAAAAAGAUAUUCUACGACUUUAUCGAUAUUCACAAUUAAGUCAUGAUGAAAUAGAAAAUUUUCAGAGAAAUAUAAGAAAUUUAAUAUCAACCAAUGAAUAUUUAUUAACAAGUAGUAAACAUUCAAUUGUAUAUGAUUUUGUUACAAAAUAUUCGAAAAGAAAAGAUUUUGAACGAGUUUUAUUUGAAUAUGAAAUUGAUUUAAAUAUUAUUCAAACAACCAUUAUUGCUGAUAUUCAAGAAUAUUCAACAUUUUCCGAACAAGCUGAAUUUCUAAUUGAUUUUGAGGAACUUCUAAAAGUUGGCAUCAAGUACAUUCUAAACCUGACUGAUUCUCCAAAUUUGCAUCCGAAUUCUUUCAUCUACCUCCAAUGUCCUGUCAAAGAUUCUUCUUCUCAAGAUAUCUUACCUUUGUUCGAGCAAGUGUUCAACUUUAUUGAUCAAGCUUCACCCAAUGCAGCGUGUCUUAUUCAUUGUCAUGUGGGAGUGCGAAGAAUACGAGAGUCAAAUAAUUAUAUAGAUCAACCAUUCUAUCCACACGAUCCUGAAAUUGUCAAUUUCUUGACAAACCCAUUACCGAUUGUUCAAUUACCCGAUAACGAGACCGCCGAGUCGACUGGUGACGUAGUCGACAGCAAUACCGGUCGUCAAGGUGAAGAGAUCGUUUUUCGUUUUCUACAAUGGAAACAUCCAGAUGAAUAUGUCGAAAGAAUGAAUGCUAAACAAGAAUCAUGUCUUCCAUAUGAUAUUGAAAUUAGAACAAUUAAUCAUAUUGAACUGAUCGAAGUGAAAACAACACGGAUCCAUGAUCAACAUACGUUUCAAAUAUCGAUCGGAGAAAUUGAAUGUCUACUUGCAAAUCCAAUCAAUUAUCAUAUUUAUUGA